AAAUAUGAAAUAAAACCCUGAAAAAUACUUUCAAAUCCUAAAAUGCCAGAUACUAAAUGUUUAGUUUCAGGCCUCAUAUUUCACAAGCCCACAAAUUAUCACAGAUGAUCUUCAAUGUUACGAUUUAUAACAGAUAACGGUCAUAUCUAUGGCGGUUAUUUGUGUCGUGGUGAGAGGUAUAAUGGUGGGAGGAAAUGGUGCAGUGUGUGCGACCUCCAGAUGCUUUCUCAGAAACUCUCCUUUAACUCUGCCUUUCCAAUCCUUCACCAUUAAAAACAUCAGGCUUCCGCCGACGAAACCUCGCUGGGAUCGAUGCCGUUGCACAGGAAAUGGAGUUUCUGCAGGUGCUCUAGUGUCAACAAAUGCUGACGUGGAUGAAGGAGAAGCCUCCAUUACAGAAAAGAAGGCUGGGCAAUCAACUACCGCCUAUGCUUCUCCAAAGCAGGUGGAAGUCAUUGAUGUUAAUCCUCCACGUGGAACUAGAGACUUUCCGCCAAAUGAAAUGCGCCUACGCAAUUGGCUCUUUCAAAAGUUUCGAGAGGUUUCCAGAUUAUUUGCAUUUGAAGAAGUUGAUUUUCCAGUUGUGGAGUCUGAAGCACUAUAUGUGAGAAAAGCAGGGGAGGAGAUAACUGAACAGCUCUACAAUUUUGAAGACAAGGGUGGGCGGCGUGUUGCACUAAGACCAGAGAUUACACCAUCUUUAGCUCGGCUGGUUUUGCAAAAAGGGAAAGGUUUGUCGUUCCCACUCAAAUGGUUUGCAAUAGGACAAUGUUGGCGUUAUGAAAGAAUGACCAGAGGACGUCGUCGAGAACAUUACCAAUGGAAUAUGGAUAUAAUUGGAAUCUCUGGUAUAGAGGCUGAAGCGGAACUCCUUUCUGCUAUUGUCACAUUCUUCAAGCAACUUGGAAUAACAGCGUCAGAUGUGGGAAUCAAAGUUUCUAGUAGAAGGGUUCUUCAAGCACUCUUGGACCGUUAUUCUGUACCCACAGAUUCAUUUGCAGCUGUUUGUGUCAUUGUUGACAAGAUGGGUAAAAUUCCUAUGGAAGAGGUUGAAAUGGAAUUAGCAAAAGUUGGAAUCCCUUCAGAUGCUGUUGGAGGAAUUCUUCAGGCUUUGUCAUUGUCAUUGUUUGAACUUGAAGAGUUGCUUGGUUCAGAUGGUGGAGUUUCUGAACUGAAACAACUAUUUUCUUUCGCAAAUGAUUAUGGCUAUGCUGAUUGGAUUGAAUUUGAUGCAUCUGUCGUUCGUGGCCUAGCCUAUUACACUGGAACUGUAUUUGAGGGAUUUGACAGAGAUGGAAAACUCAGGGCAGUUUGUGGAGGUGGGCGGUAUGAUCAGCUCCUCUCUACAUUUGGUGGUGAAGAUAUUCCUGCAUGUGGUUUUGGUUUUGGUGAUGCUGUCAUAGUAGAAUUGCUGAAGGAAAAAGAAUUGCUCCCAGUGCUUACUCAGGAAAUUGAUGAUAUAGUUUUUCCAUUGGACAAGGAGCUUAGGCAAGCAGCUGCUAUGGUGGCUUCCUCUUUAAGAAGCAGAGGGAAUGUUGUGGAUCUUAUUCUGGAGGACAAACGCCUGAAAUGGGCUUUCAAGCAUGCAGAGAGAGUUAACGCAAAGAGAAUGUUUCUUGUUGGUGAUGCUGAAUGGAAACGUGGUGCUGUGCGUGUAAAGAAUCUUGCAACCAGGGAAGAAUCUGAUAUUUUGAUUAAUGAUUUAUAGUAAAAUAACUCAACCAGUUCUAAUUCAAGAUUACACAUUGUUUGUUUUGAUGGAUCCCUCUAUAUCAGGAGUAUCCACUCAUAGAUUGAGUUAAUAUUUAGAUAGGAUAUGUAAAAGAAAAGGUAGGAUGGAAAUGGAAAAUGCAGGUCUAUUGGUUGGAUGUAGAUGAAUUGGGAUCAAAAAGGCAUUUCUAAGCUUGCCACAUUCUGGAACUUGGAUUCUGCUCACGUAUAGCUGCACGUCAGGUUCCACUGCCACUAAUCAACAUCAAGUAUGAACCUGAACAGAGUACUAUAAAGGAUACUUGGAGGAUAAUAAUUCCCAGAUCCGUCAAUAAUAUGCCAACCUGAAUUCAGUUUUGGAUUCAAAACAUCAAUUUUAUGUUCUUAAAUUUUUUACCAAUCUGUCUCAAUGUAUAUUUUACAGUUUUGAUAUUAAGUUUCUUGGUGCAUCAGAAUCAUAUGUAUGGUUACCAUUUUAUCCAUAUUUAAAGUAGAAAGAGUAAAGACUUUUGUAAUAUAAAGCAUGUAAUGAACAAAGGCCUUGGCCUUCCAUCACAAUAGAAGAUUCAUACUAUGGGUGCUAUGAGGGUUGUGACAAAUAGAAAUUUGACAGGUGUGAAUUUCUUUGUCAUCAAUAAGCUGAAAUUUUUUCUCAUUUGAUGGGACUUAUUUAUAUAUAAAAACUGUUCUUGUUCCUGAUU